UAGUUUGUUGAUACAAUGUUGUUUGAUUUCAGCGGACGGAUCAACUGUGUUAUCCCUUUUACAAUCGUAUUACCGAAAUCAAUAACAGCAAACAGCGACAGUGUCCCUCAGGUUCUCCUUCUUAUCCUUUCACCCGAAUGGUUCACAUCGGAGUCAACGCAUUACUUCGUACGCAAAGGAAUAGAUGAAAUGAUACUCGCCAAAGGUAUGAGUUGUCUGGGUGACUGCUCCGAAUUGGGGCCACCGCCCGAUAUGAUACUGUCGAUGCCACCACCACCUUUAUCAUCGUUCCUGCUGCCGCGGAACGCAAUUGCUCCACGGCCGGCCAACAAUUCGCUGUCCUGUAUUGCGGCCUUCAUGUGCGAAACGUCUCUCAAACCGAAUGGGAUGGAGUCCGGAAUGGAGUUUAUAGAGCUAUCAGGAAAUGGAAUGGAUGAUACAUGGGUCUUCGUGCUAGUAUCCUCCUGUGUCGGAGUUUUGCUUUUGGGCGCCUUGCUGGCGAUGGUUCUGAUCAAAUGUAGAGAUGCUUAUAACUAUUCAUAUCAUGAUAGUAAUUUGAAGCAUCCACCGCUGUCUUCAUUGAAUGAGCCUCAGUUGGGUUCAACGAAGUCUGGAUUUAUGCCGGGAACCAUCCUCUAUCCUACGAACCAGCAACUGCCCCAGGACAAUCGUACUCUGUGGGCCACACUGACCCCGCACGGAACUACACAACAUUUUAUUUCCGAUUCUUACUACAAUCCUGAAGACCACUACGAAGUCAUCGACUACGGUCGUAAACACGAACAGUAUAUUCCAUCGAACCAGAAUACAAUUGUCAAGAACAAAAAUUCCUUUGAAAACUCCGGGUUCGUUGAUUACGAUUACGAAGACCCUACUCCUUUGAUGGAAUCGUAUCAGAACUUUGACGACAUGGACUCGGGUUAUCAAGAGCCUCAAGAGGUCAUCGGCUCGCUCAAUAGAAAUCGCUCGAUUGUAUCGUCACCUACGAGAAUUGAAAAUCCAAACCUGGCUCCAUUGAAUCUCUAUCCAACGCAUCGCAGCAACGGAACGCUCAAUAAGAAAAAUACAACGCUCAGUCGGCGCAUCAGUGAUAUCAAGAAUUAAAAGCGCAGUGAUUUGCAAUACUUUUUUCCUGUAAUACAAAGUGAUAACAAACGGAGAUUCCUACGAAAAAGAUACCUUCAUUCAGAGAAGACGUUCGGUAGAUUUAUUGAGUUCACGCAGAAUACGAAACACUUUUUCGAAAUACGUCAUUUACUAGAUCUCAAACAUAUUUGAAACUAUAUUUUUAUUUUGCAUCAACAUACAUAACGGAAACAAUAGUUUAAAAGGGUAUUAACCAUACUAAUAGAAAACCACAUGGUCGUACUUCAUGUAAACCUUUCAGAUGAAUGUAUUUAAACGUAGGAAUACCGUAGUACUUUGGUAAUAUAGUUACGCAAUGGAUGUCUACACACUUUGAAACCAUACUAUCACAUCGCAUACCUGCAUAAUGCUUGAUCUCAAAUUGAAAUCCUUAACGAAUACGAAAUAGCGCAAUACAACAGAAAUUCAAUACCAACAGACACAUCAUUGGAUGGAUUUGAUUCCUAUACGCGCAUACUUCUUAACAGUUUAGCAUUAAAAUAUAAUAUUGUAAUUGACCACUGAUUUGCAUCUUGAAACCGACAACAAUUGAUACAAUAAACACGAAGAGUGACAUAUAAAACGUAA